GAGCUGACGGUGGAGGUUCGCGGCUCCAACGGGGCUUUCUACAAGGAUUCCCCCCCACCAUGACUGCCCUCAUCCUGAAAAUUUUUCAGCUGUAGUAUUCUCUGUCAUCAAAAAUUUAUCUUUAAGUUAGGGAUUUAUUAAAGAUGUUCAUGAAGACUCCCUCACAGUUGUUUUUGAGAACAACUGGCAGCCAGAACGCCAGGUUCCAUUUAAUGAAGUUAGAUUACCACCACCACCUGACAUAAAAAAAGAAAUUAGUGAAGGUGAUGAAGUAGAGGUAUAUUCAAGAGCAAAUGACCAAGAACCAUGUGGAUGGUGGUUGGCUAAAGUUCGAAUGAUGAAAGGAGAAUUUUAUGUCAUUGAAUAUGCUGCUUGUGAUGCCACUUACAAUGAAAUAGUCACAUUUGAACGACUUCGGCCUGUCAAUCAAAAUAAAACUGUCAAAAAAAAUACCUUCUUUAAAUGCACAGUGGAUGUUCCUGAGGAUUUGAGAGAGGCGUGUGCUAAUGAAAAUGCACAUAAAGAUUUUAAGAAAGCAGUAGGAGCAUGCAGAAUUUUUUACCAUCCAGAAACCACACAGCUAAUGAUACUGUCUGCCAGCGAAGCAACUGUGAAGAGAGUAAAUAUUUUAAGUGACAUGCAUUUGCGAAGUAUUCGUACAAAGUUGAUGCUUAUGUCCAGAAAUGAAGAGGCCACUAAGCAUUUAGAAUGCACAAAACAACUUGCAGCAGCUUUUCAUGAGGAAUUUGUUGUGAGAGAAGAUUUGAUGGGCCUGGCAAUAGGAACACAUGGUAGUAACAUACAGCAAGCUAGGAAGGUUCCUGGAGUUACAGCUAUUGAGCUAGAUGAAGAUACUGGAACAUUUAGAAUCUAUGGAGAGAGUGCCGAUGCUGUAAAAAAGGCUAGAGGUUUCUUGGAAUUUGUGGAGGAUUUUAUUCAGGUUCCUAGGAAUCUUGUUGGAAAAGUAAUUGGAAAAAAUGGCAAAGUUAUUCAGGAAAUAGUGGACAAAUCUGGUGUGGUUCGGGUGAGAAUUGAAGGAGACAAUGAAAAUAAACUACCUAGAGAAGAUGGUAUGGUUCCAUUUGUAUUUGUUGGCACUAAAGAAAGCAUCGGAAAUGUGCAAGUUCUUUUAGAGUAUCAUAUUGCUUAUCUAAAGGAAGUAGAACAGCUAAGAAUGGAACGCCUACAGAUUGAUGAACAGCUUCGACAGAUUGGUAUGGGUUUCAGACCUUCUUCCACCAGAGGGCCUGAAAAAGAAAAAGGAUAUGCCACUGAUGAAAGUACCGUCUCUUCUGUACAAGGUUCUAGGUCUUAUAGUGGAAGAGGCAGAGGUCGUCGGGGCCCUAAUUACACCUCCGGUUAUGGUACAAACUCUGAGCUGUCUAACCCCUCUGAAACAGAAUCUGAGCGUAAAGAUGAGCUGAGUGAUUGGUCAUUGGCAGGAGAAGAUGAUCGGGAGAGCCGACAUCAGCGUGACAGCAGGAGACGCCCAGGAGGAAGAGGGAGAAGUGUUUCAGGGGGUCGAGGUCGUGGUGGACCACGUGGUGGCAAAUCCUCCAUCAGUUCUGUGCUCAAAGAUCCAGACAGCAAUCCAUACAGCUUACUUGAUAAUACAGAAUCUGAUCAGACUGCAGACACUGAUGCCAGCGAAUCUCAUCACAGUACUAACCGUCGUAGGCGGUCUCGUAGACGAAGGACUGAUGAAGAUGCUGUUCUGAUGGAUGGGAUGACUGAAUCUGAUACAGCUUCAGUUAAUGAAAAUGGGCUAGAUGAUAGUGAAAAAAAACCCCAGCGACGCAAUCGUAGCCGCAGGCGUCGUUUCAGGGGUCAGGCAGAAGAUAGACAGCCAGUCACAGUUGCAGAUUAUAUUUCUAGAGCUGAGUCUCAGAGCAGACAAAGAAACCUCCCAAGGGAAACUUUGGCUAAAAACAAGAAAGAAAUGGCAAAAGAUGUGAUUGAAGAGCAUGGUCCUUCAGAAAAGGCAAUAAAUGGCCCAACUAGUGCUUCUGGCGAUGAAAUUUCUAAGCUACAGCGUACUCCAGGAGAAGAAAAGAUUAAUACCUUAAAAGAAGAAAACACUCAAGAAGCAGCAGUCCUGAAUGGUGUUUCAUAAACUGAAGAAGUUCCUAGUUUACAGUUCUUUUACAUUACAUUUUACAAUAGUGCUUGUACAAGCUUGCCAAAGAUAGAAUAUGGAUCGCCAGUCUUUACAUCGCACUUUCAGUUCCUCCAUUUGGAAUUCAGAAAGGGGAGGGAUCCUGAAGAAAUCAUAUGUUAAACAUACUUUGACACCUACUGUGUUAUAAAAUAUAUCAUCAGAUGUGCCUUGAGAAUAGUAUAUGUAACAUUAAAAAAAGUUGCUGGCUAUA